UGAUGGUAGGAGAGCGGCAAGGGCACGGGCUGGAAAUAAUUUCGCGUUACUGAACCGGCCACUUGGGCAGACGCCUUCCCGUGGACUGUGCUGUCUAGUUUCUCGUCCUGCUGGUACAUACUUGGGAUUUAUCGGGACUGAUUAUUUCCUCUCCUUGCCUGCAGCUCCACCGCUCUAAUCUCUCCAGCUGUUUAGUUCUGGCUCUAUCUUUGCUCCAAGAGGGAAUAAAGUGUGUUUUUCACAUCAAGGUAGCUGUCGCAAGGUAAAGUGCUAAAAGGACACAGCACAGGUAGCUUGAAGGCGAUAGCAAGCCGAGAUCAUCUUUACGCCCUCGCGAAGCAGCGACAGCAUUCAGCUACGCAGAGGUCAACAGACCUAACGAAGCAGAUCUAAGUGGGUUUGAAUUGCUUCGAUUAGGUGCUUAUUUCCUGUUUACUUCAUGGAAGUGGGUUCAGUCCCUCACAGCUAAUGUAUAUAAAGGCUCUGGAGGGUCUCCUCUGAGCACCAGAACCCGCUGAAAUCCUCAGGGCAGCUUCAGAGGAGCAGGAAGGGGCCAGACAUCUGAACUGCUUUCUACUUUUAAACCAAGAAACAAGCCAAGAAAAUGAAGUAUUUGAAAGUUCUCUCUCUGCUUCUUGCCUCUCUGAGCCUUGUUUUGAUGGAAGAGAACGUCUCAGGCGUAAGCAUAAGGAGUCCCAGCGCCAGCGCAGUGCAGAGGCGCUACUCUGAGGCCACCCUGGCGAGCGAUUACAGCCGCACGAUGGACAACAUGCUGAAGAAGAACUUUGUGGAAUGGCUGCUAGCCAGACGAGAGAAGAAAAGCGACAACAUCAUUGAGCCAUACAAGCGGGAAGCUGAGCCCCAAGUAUCAGCUGUGAAUGGCCAAAGCUUGGACCUGAGCACCCAGGAAGCGAAAGACUUCUUUGCCUGGCUUCUAAAAAACAAGAAAAAUCAGAGUUUUACUUCUUCCGAAGAUUCAGAAGAUUUGAAGGAUGUUUUGAGCCAGGAGUUUCUGACAUGGUUGAUUUCGGCUGAUCUCUGCAGACCAACGACUCUAUAACUCCAGGACCCUCCGGAGGAGCUGUCUCCACAGAUAUGUUAAGGAGGAAGAUAUCUUACGUUCACCCUGUUCUGCGCAUAUUGUCCACUUCGCUAAUGUAAGCAAUAAAGAGUUUAGUCUGAAG